AGAGAGCGCACAGGGAGCCGCUGCUGCCACCUCAACAUGGAGUAGCGAGACCCCAGCUUUUACUGCUAAAGAGCGGAUCCCACAGAGAGGAAUACAGCACGGCUUCUGUUUGAUACAUCCUGCAGAAGUCCCCGCAAAUGAUACAGCGGCCAUUAUUUCUUUUAAACGCACAGGGAAGCUCGGCUUUUAUUUGAAAGAUGGCGAACGACUCUCCGGCUAAAAGUCUAGUAGACAUAGACUUGGCUUCAUUGCGGGAUCCAGCUGGGAUAUUUGAAUUGGUGGAGGUGGUUGGAAAUGGCACCUAUGGACAAGUAUACAAGGGACGACACGUCAAGACUGGACAGCUGGCUGCCAUCAAAGUCAUGGACGUCACAGAGGAUGAAGAGGAGGAAAUUAAACUGGAGAUCAAUAUGCUGAAGAAGUAUUCCCACCACCGAAACAUAGCCACCUACUACGGGGCUUUCAUUAAGAAGAGCCCCCCGGGACACGAUGACCAGCUCUGGUUGGUGAUGGAGUUCUGUGGAGCUGGUUCCAUCACAGACCUGGUGAAGAACACGAAGGGGAACCAGCUGAAGGAGGACUGGAUCGCCUACAUCUCCAGAGAGAUCCUCAGGGGUCUGGCCCACCUUCACGCCCACCACGUCAUCCAUCGUGACAUCAAGGGUCAAAACGUCCUGCUGACGGAGAAUGCUGAAGUGAAACUGGUUGACUUUGGUGUGAGUGCUCAGCUGGAUCGGACAGUGGGGAGGAGGAACACCUUCAUCGGGACGCCUUACUGGAUGGCCCCAGAGGUCAUCGCCUGUGACGAGAACCCAGACGCUACGUACGAUUACAGGAGUGAUCUGUGGUCUACUGGUAUCACAGCUAUUGAAAUGGCUGAAGGAGCGCCACCACUUUGUGACAUGCACCCAAUGCGUGCACUCUUCCUCAUUCCAAGAAACCCUCCUCCCAGGCUCAAGUCUAAAAAAUGGUCCAAAAAGUUCAUCAGUUUCAUCGAGGGCUCUCUGGUGAAGAACUACACGCAGCGGCCCCCCACCGAGCAGCUGCUGAAGCACCCCUUCAUUCGAGACCAGCCCAACGAGAGGCAAGUCCGCAUCCAGCUCAAAGACCACAUCGACCGUACCAAGAAGAAGAGGGGGGAGAAAGAUGAGACAGAGUAUGAGUACAGUGGCAGUGAGGAGGAGGAAGAGGAUCCCCCAGAGCAGGAGGGAGAGCCCAGCUCCAUUGUCAAUGUGCCGGGUGAGUCCACGCUGCGCCGCGACUUCAUCCGCCUGCAGCAGGAGAACAAGGAGCGUUCAGAGGCGCUCCGCCGCCAGCAGCUCCUGCAGGAGCAGCAGCUUCGGGAGCAGGAGGAGUACAAGCGCCAACUACUGGCCGAGAGGCAGAAACGAAUUGAGCAGCAGAAGGAGCAGAGGAGGCGGCUGGAGGAGCAACAGCGCCGUGAGCGUGAGAUGAGGAGGCAACAGGAGCGCGAGCAGCGUCGCCGCGAGCAAGAGGACAAGAGGCGUGUCGAGGAGAUGGAUCGUAGACGUAAGGAAGAGGAGGAACGCCGGCGGGCUGACGACGAGAAGAGGAGGAAUGAUCGUGAACAGGAGUACAUCAGGCGUCAGCUGGAGGAGGAGCAGAGACACCUGGAGAUGCUGCAGGAGCAGCUGCUGCGUGAACAGGCCAUGCUGCUGGAGUUCAAGUGGCGGGAGCUGGAGGAGCAGCGCAAGGCCGAGCGUCUCCACAAGCGCCUGCAGCAGGAGCAGGCCUACCUGCUGUCGCUGCAGCACGAACCCAAACCCAGCGACAAGACCAAACUUCCACAGACCUCCACCCUGCCCCCUGACAGAGCCCUCCCCUCCACCCCUCAAGCUCAGGUCCUCGACGGUGCUGCUUCUGUAGCAAAAGGCUCCAAUGAGUCGUCCAGAGAACUUGAAAAAUUCCCCUCAGACAAACCCCAGAACUGCGACUCGGAUGAGACUUGUCCAAACCAGCUCUCAAACUCCCCCACCCCCUAUCAGACUGAACUCCCUGACUCUGAACUUCCCCAGGCAGAAAGUCUGGAGCCCGAUAGGCCGGUCAGUCCUCCUCCUCAGCCAAUCAGAGAGGCGGACGAGCGGUACCGUAAGAACAUUCAGGGCUCCCCUCAGGUCGUCCCCCCUCCAAAGCAGCCCCCUCUGCCUCCCCGCUCCUCUGAACCUUUCUCCAAUGGCGGCUCCUCCUCCGAGGCCGUCGCCAUGCACCGACCCAUGGAACCUCAGGUCCAGUGGUCCCACCUGGCUGCGUUAAAAAGCAGCAACAGCGCUGCCCCCUCUCCUCCUCUUCCUCCUCCUCCUCCGCCCAUGGUCUCUCGCUCGCAGUCCUUCAGCGAGCCUGCCGGCGUCACCUCUAGCUUUGCACAAGUCCACCUGCGCUCCCAGGACCCCCACCACCAACACCACCCAUCGCCCGCACGCACUGACCCCCAGCCCCAACCUCCCCUCCACCACCCCCAGGGUCUUAGUAGGGCCGAACCCCAGGUCGGCGGAGAGGAAGUUCCUCCCAAGGUACCAGUAAGGACAACCUCCAGGUCUCCGGUCCUGUCUCGCCGAGAGUCCCCUCUGCCCCAGCAGCCUGGCAACCAGGGCGCACAGAGGAGCGCCGGCGGUAAUGUGGAGCAGCGGCCGCUGUGGGACCGAGUGGAGAAGCUGCAGCCGAGGCCCGGCAGCGGCAGCUCGUCCGGCUCCUCCAACUCCAGCUCGCAGGCCAGUCCUGGGGACCGCUUCAGGCCACGCUGUGAGUCCCCUGCUUCCUCCAAAUCUGAAGGAUCGCCUCUCCAGCGGCCUGAAAAUGUUCCCAAAAAACAAGAUGAAAAGAACCUGGCCAGGCCGACCCGACCAGCUGAUCUGACAGCUCUUGCCAAGGAGCUUCGUGCAGUGGACGACGUGAGGCCUCCCCACAAGGUCACCGACUACUCCUCCUCCAGCGAGGACUCGGGCACCACCGACGAGGAAGACGAUGAGGAGGUGGACCAGGAGGCGGGAGAGGAGUCCACCUCAGGAGCAGAGGACUCCAGGGCUGGGAGGAUGAGUAACGGCGAGACGGAGUCGGCCAAGACGAUGCUGGUGGAGGACUCGGAGAACGAGAAAGGCAUGAUGUCCUCCAAGGACGGCACGCUGGUCAUCAGACAGAGCACCGCAGACAUUAAGCGGUUGGUCAAUCUCUCCUCCUCCUCCUCUUCCUCACCCUCGGCUGGCCCUGGUCACGUCCACGGCCAGCCCCAGACCCCCGGCCUCGCAGAGAAAAACGGCUUUGCCGGCCGCAUACACCACCUACCAGACCUUAUCCAGCAGAGCCAUCACUCCCCUUCCUCCACCACAACCAUCCCUUCCUCCCCCUCCUCCUCUUCCUCCUUCCCCUCAUCAUCUAGCUAUGCCAGUCCUGCCAUGUCCCCACAGACCCCCCUGGACAAGCUCACUGCCAUAGAGUCCCAGUCAGAAAGCAACUCCAUGUCCAAACACAAGUCUUCCUCUUCCUUCACUCCGUUCAUCGACCCUCGUCUUCUCCAGAUCUCUCCAUCCAGCGGCAGCUCCCUCAACAACAUGGCAUUUGGGCCUGAUGGACGCCUCGCAGACCCGCUGAAGUCCGACCCGUCUCGUAAAGGCUCGGUGGUCAACGUCAACCCGGUCAACACACGCCCUCCCAGCGACACCCCGGAGAUCCGCAAGUACAAGAAGAGGUUCAACUCUGAGAUCCUGUGUGCCGCGCUCUGGGGAGUGAACCUGCUGGUGGGAACAGAGAGUGGUCUGAUGCUGCUGGACCGAAGCGGACAGGGGAAGGUCUACCCUCUGAUCAACAGGCGGCGCAUCCAGCAGAUGGACGUCCUGGAGGGACUCAAUGUCCUGGUCACUAUAUCAGGUAAAAAGAACAAGCUGAGAGUGUACUACCUGUCGUGGCUGAGGAACAAGAUUUUGCACAACGACCCCGAGGUGGAGAAGAAGCAGGGCUGGGUUAAUGUGGGCGACCUGGAGGGCUGCGUCCACUACAAAGUCGUGAAGUAUGAGAGGAUUAAGUUCUUGGUGCUGGCUUUGAAGAACGCUGUGGAGGUGUACGCCUGGGCGCCCAAACCCUACCACAAGUUCAUGGCGUUUAAGUCUUUCGGUGAUCUGGUGCACAAGCCUCUGCUGGUGGACCUGACUGUGGAGGAAGGUCAGAGGUUAAAGGUCAUCUACGGCUCCUGUUCAGGCUUCCAUGCUGUGGAUGUGGACUCUGGUGCCGUCUACGACAUCUACCUGCCCACACAUAUCCAGACCAGCAUUCAGUGCCAUGCCAUCAUCAUCCUGCCCAACACCGACGGCAUCGAGCUGCUGGUGUGUUACGAGGACGAGGGCGUCUACGUCAACACCUACGGGCGCAUCACCAAGGACGUGGUGCUGCAGUGGGGAGAAAUGCCAACUUCAGUGGCCUACAUUAGGUCAAACCAGAUCAUGGGCUGGGGUGAGAAGGCCAUAGAGAUCCGCUCAGUGGAGACGGGUCACCUGGACGGCGUCUUCAUGCACAAGAGAGCUCAGAGACUCAAGUUCCUGUGUGAGAGGAAUGACAAGGUCUUCUUUGCCUCUGUGCGCACUGGAGGGGCCAGCCAGGUGUAUUUCAUGACGCUGGGUCGCUCCUCCCUCAUGAGCUGGUAGUCGAUAUUUCCAGCAGGACGACGACAGCUAGGCAGUGACAAACAGAUGACGAUUGUGACCAUGACCGACGACGAAGAAGAAGAAGAGAACCGCCUCGAGCGUCUCGACGGAGGGAACUGCUUCCUCUCGCUUGCUCGGGCAAACAAACCAACGGAUUGGACUGUAAUCAUGACAAGAAGCUAGGGACGGGUGUGUGUGUUUUGAGGGCGUUUUCUGUUCGUUUAACUAUAUUACACAUACAGAAACCCCCACGAGCCACCAGGUUAUCCUCACCCUCCCUUUGAGCCGAUCCCCCUCCUCCUCCUCGUCCCCUGCAGGGCGUGGGAUCUUUUGCCUGUUGAUGGUAAAUCUUUAUGUGUCAUAGUAAAACUUUGCAUCGUGUACGUGUGUGUGAAUGGAGGAAACACUGAGCAUGUGAAUGACUGGAGGGACGAUGAGCGCGGCCGUUACUGUAUCGAAGAUUCUUUAUGCGCCGUUAGUAGCUGUGUUUAGUCCGGGUCCUGUUCAGGUGAAACUACUCCCACCACCACGGUAGAUUUCCACGUCAAGCAUGUCAUUUCACACUACUUCACAGCCACAUUCAUAACGCUUGACCUGUAAAUCUGCCUCUGUAUCUUCACUUUUUUUGCCUUCUCUUCCUUAAAGUGAAGAUUUUUUUAAGGGACCUUCUUGAUAUAUCCAUUAAAUACAGGGUACUGGAUAUCAGCGUGUACAUACUAACUGCAUCCACCUUGUAGUCUUCAGGCUCUCCCAGGUUUUACAGACACUAUCUCGACUUUUACCACAUUGCCUCAGUAGGUUAUGUCGGACAGAACAACAGAAGUAGCCCGGUUUAUGACAGCAUGUGGCUUUGGUGUUAAAUUAGCUCCAGUUUUUCAUACACUGUAUAUUUUGUAUGUGGCUCGCUGCACAUAAAGCGUGAGAAUGCAGGACACACCCAUAGAGGAGACUUAAAGGAGAAAUCCACCCUGUUCAUCAGCUCAACCGGAAGAAAACACAACCAAAAAAAACCACCAACGGACCCAGAAAUAUGAGAUGCAUUACCAAAAGCUGUUGGGUGGAUUUUCCCUUUGACAUCAGUCAUAAGUAGGGCUAGGAUAAACUGUGAAUUAGACAUGCACAUUUAGCAAGUGGCCAUUAAGGUAGCAUGGAGGCCAGUGUCCAGAAGUGACGCUAAGGGAAUGAAGGCAUUAAAUCUCGAGGGCUGAGAAGAAGAUUUUGAAUAUCACACUACAAAAAAAGGGGGAGGAAAUCAGGAUCCGCUGAUUGUCCUCCAUCUGCACGACGUUUGAAUUUCACAAAUCUGUAUUUUAAAGGAGGCUUAGUGUUCGGGAUCUCCAGCUGAUUUAAACUGCUUGAAAAACGCUCCGCAGGUUUUGACAAGUUAAAUAAAGACGUUUGGAUUUUAUGUACUGUAGAAAACACUUUCAUGUGAUUAAAUAUUGGACCUCUUUUAGCCAUUUUAGGCUUCAGACAGGAGAGUCCAACACUUUAACUGGAUCAUUACUCUUUCCAAGAAUUGAAUAACCUUCAUUUUACCUUCUCAUCCUCUAAAACCAAGGAAAGACGUGCGUGUCACUUCCUGUUAGACAGUCUCAUUCCACUGUUAAGAUGUAGAAUCCAUCCUGCAAGCUGUGUGUAUGUAUGAAUGAGAAAACUAUAUAACGAGACUCAUGGACACCCCCCCCCCCCCCCUUCUUCACCCACUUUUUGACCCUGCUCUCAGUAAAGGUGGUGCCUUCACUGUCCAAGGUGGGACGUGGUGAGAGCUGCAGAAAAAUGAGAUGCUUUCACUGUCCCGAUCCUCUGUGAAAAAGCAAAAGAAAGUCACGUUCUAAAAGCAGUGUUACAAAACCACUUCAGACGGCGUGAACUAAGCGGCAUAUUUUUAACUCUGACUUAGUUUUUAGUCUUGUUUCUGCAAUUUUUAUUAUGUAACCCUUCAGAUAAGUAUGCGACUGCAGUGGUUUUUAAAUUGUAAUGCACACCUUAUGUUGAAAAUGUUUACAGAAGCAAUUGUUUUGUUAAACCAAUGUGCAUCGAUAUGAAUAUUUAUGGUUUAUUUUGAGGGCAGUUUCUCCCUGUUUUGUAUUUUGUAUUAUUCCCUUUUUGUACUAUCAUUUAGACGUUUGUGUACAGGAAGGAUCAACUCCGCUCACAUCCUGGAUUACACAAAUCUGAAGUGGGAUUUCACUGAUUAUUUUACAUCCUGCACAGUGGGCCCCUGGCUGUGUGGCAGCGUGGAUCAAAUGUUUUCUACCACCCAGGUGCCAGGUGACAUGUCCGCCCCCUCUCCCCCCCCCCCCCCUCAAACGUCUCUCUGCCAUGCCUCUCUAAUUUAUGUCCUCUCUGUGUGUACUAUGGGAAUUACUGUAUUUUCCUGAAGGUCUUUUUUUCCAUUGAAUAAAAUCAGAAGUAAUUUACA